AACAAGAAGAAAGCUAAUUCCAGUUCACUUUUGAGUCCGCGAGUUUGGGUGAGUGCGUGUAAAGUCGUCUGCUUUGCCUUCUUUCUUCAUUCGAUAGGUGAAGAGAAAACUUGUUGGGUAAACUGGGCCUCUUUUUCAGAAUGAGGAGGGCGAGUCCUUACGUGACCGUGUUGUUUCUGCUGUGGCUUGGGUAUGGGUGGAUGGACAUAGCUGGAAGAACAGAGGAUGGAUCAGAAGAGUGGGGUUAUGUUGAAGUCAGACCCAAAGCACACAUGUUCUGGUGGCACUACAGAAGUCCAAACAGAGUUGAUGAUCCCUCCAAGCCCUGGCCUGUCAUUCUCUGGUUGCAGGGUGGACCGGGUGCAUCAGGAGUUGGGAUGGGCAACUUUGAAGAGAUUGGACCACUGGACACCAACCUGAAACCACGAAAGUCGACAUGGUUGCAGAAAGCUGAUCUCUUGUUUGUGGACAACCCAGUUGGAACAGGAUACAGUUUUGUGGAGGAUCCAAAGCUUUUUGUGAAGACAGAUGAAGAAGCUGGAAUAGAUUUGUGUACAUUGCUGAUAGAGAUAUUCAACAGGAAUGAGAGUCUCCAGAAGAGUCCUCUCUACAUUGUGGCUGAGUCUUACGGAGGGAAAUAUGCAGUCACUCUUGCCUUGUCUGUACUGAAAGCCAUUGAAGCUGGCAAAUUGAAGCUAAAGCUUGGAGGAGUUGCAUUAGGAGACAGCUGGAUCUCCCCUGAAGACUUUGUGUUUUCAUGGGCUCCUCUUCUCAAAGACGUUUCAAGACUUGAUGACAAUGGUGUGGAAAAGUCGAACAGCGUAGCUGAGAAGAUUAGGCAGCAGCUAAGGAGCGGGCAAUAUACAGAGGCCACAGCUUCUUGGCGUGAGCUUGAGGGAUUGAUCUCCUCCAGUAGCAAUUCAGUGGAUUUCUACAAUUUUUUACUGGAUAGCGGAAUGGACCCCGUGUCCCUGGAAGCAGUGGAACUAGCGCCAUCGAUGAAGAGAUACGCGAGAUACUUGAGUUACUUGAAAACUUCCACUAGUGUUGCCGGCGACUUGGACAGUUUGAUGAACGGCGCUGUCAAGAAGAAGCUCCGGAUAAUCCCAGCAAAUUUUACAUGGGGAGAGCAGUCGGACUCCGUCUUCUCAUCUCUUCAAGGUGAUUUCAUGAAACCAAGAAUUGAAGAGGUCGAUGAGCUGCUCGCCAAAGGAGUGAAUGUGACUAUAUACAAUGGGCAGGUUGAUCUAAUCUGUGCAACUAAGGGGACUGAAGCAUGGGUUGAGAAGCUCAAGUGGGAAGGACUCAAGACAUUUUUAAGCAUGGAGAGGACUCCUUUGUAUUGUGGGACAGGAAGUGUCACAAAGGGGUUCAAGAGAUCAUACAAGAACUUGCACUUUUACUGGAUUCUUGGAGCAGGCCACUUCGUACCAGUGGAUCAACCCUGCGUAUCACUGGACAUGGUCACUGCCAUCACACAGUCACCUGCUUCCACCUAAGGCCAAAGCAAUAAAAAAAAAAGGCAGACGAUGGGAGUGAGGCUUCUGGUUCUGAUAGGUCAAAUACCUCAAAUCCCAUGACACAGACAAAAGGAAGAAGAACGGUGCAGCUUUUUAUUUUUUUUUCCCAUUCAGAACAGAAAAAAAACAGCCAUGCCCAUUUUUUGAGUUCACAUAUUUGUAAUAAAAAUGGAAGGACAAUCUAUCAGAAGGGAAACAAAUUGGAAAUCAGCAAAAGAAUUUGUCUCCCUGAUCUUCUGUUUCUAUGCAAUUUUCCUAGUGACGGUCAUUCCUAGGU